AUGGGUGGGUACUUGACGCUAUUACAGUGCGUCACUGAUGAUGCGUACGUUGAGACUACCCCACGUGCGUCGAGGUGGCUUACGACGAAGGUGCACAUGAAGGGGAUCAAGGGGGUGUCGUACAGGGCACAUUUAGAUGCUCUGACGAUCACGAACAUUUCCUGGUUGCCCUACAAGCGGGUGGUACGACAGUUCGGGUACAUCCAGACCAUCCCUUCGCCGCUGGUUACUGCUUCGUUGUCGUAUGAGGAGAUAGACGAGAGGUGGAUGCAUUUCGGGGACCAUUUAGCACCUGUGGGUGAGAUUUGUGUUGUCUCCGGGCAGGUAACAGCGGACUACAUGGAGUGGUUUUUGCAGAUAUCUCACCUGCUCGUCACGUCGACCCAGGAAGGCGAUGAGCCCAGACAGCUAGCUGCCCUAGAUGUAGAUGCAUAUGUCGAGCCACAUGUCCUUGAGGUUCCAGUCGCAGCUGAUCUCCCCAGACAUUCAGUGGUUGCUUGUGAAGGUUGCGAAGCGAUCGCAGAAAGGUUGAAGCGUGUGCUCAACCUUAGGAUGGUGACUGCAGGAACAGAGUUACAUGACAUCAUGGAAGAUUUCCUGCGGAUCACUAAGGGUGAGGCCUCUAAUGGAAGUCUUAGGGCGUGA